AGUCUCAUCCCGACUGUCACAAGCGGUGGGUGUGCGCGGCUCCUUCAGGGCAGCGGCCUUAUUUGGUGACUGCGCGGCGGUGACAAGGGUGACUGGUGCACGCCGCGGGUGACGCGACGCUGCCCUCGGGAUCCCCCGCGCGUGGUCGACGAGUUUUUUCCCUCCCCCUUCAGUCUUGGAUUAUUAAGACUGACUUGCAGUUCGCGCUGAGCCUGAGGCAACACGGGAAAAAGAUAGAAAGGUUCCCGGGCGGGGCGGGGCGGGGGAGCCUCACAACAGCACCCUGAGGGCUCGGCGGAAGCAAGGCAAUACCCUCUGGCGGGCUCUCAGCGGCGCCACUCGUCUGGGUGGAGGCAGCGCAGGCGGUGGAGGCAGCGAGACGUAAGACUGUUCCCAAACGUUUCUUGGCCUCAUCACGGUUACGUCUACCAGGCUGCGGUGGAUGUUGUCAGUGUUAUGAAGGGCGUCUUCGUGAUUCUAGUGACUGUUUGGUAAGGGUUCUGCGUCUCCUGUGGGAUAUACAUCAACGAGAAUCUGACUAAUCAAUGUGUGGCCUUUGAAAAUAUUCCUGGUGAGAGAGAGAGAACAAGGAGUGUUUGUGAGCUGGCGUGCCUUGUGAACUGGGGCAAGAGAACGAGAAUCUCAGUGUUAAUUCUGCAAUCACUGAGUCCUGCAGAGUGAAAAGUGUGUGACUGUGUCCUGAGCCGCGUGGUGCGUGGCGGUGGUAUAUCUCCCCGUGUGUUCUUAAGCGGACUGGUGCAGGAGGGCAUCGCUAAGGAGGGAGUGACCCAGUGAGCUUCAUCGGAUAAUCCCGCAGCAUUGUUUGGCGGAGGCGAUCACCAGCAGGGGGCGGAGUGACCGGCGUAAUGGCCAUGUAAGGCGAGGCGUGUGUGGUCAGCCCGCCACCUGCCACUCAGUCUCUUCUUGGCGGUGCACAAUCUCCAAGACAUUAAAUCGAAGCUACACCGCCACACCCACGCCCUCCCACGCCCUUUUUCCCGCUCUCCCACGCUCGUGAGGCGCCGCGCGGUGGACGGACGGGGCGCUGAUGCCUGAAGAGCGGCGCGCGGGGCAGCCGGCACCACGUAUUACCUGGAUUAUGCAAAUGAGAUGCAGAUGAGAGACAACAGCUGAUAAGAGGCGGCCUCGUGUUGGCAGACUGGAGGAAAUUAAAGAGCUGCGCCUCACAUUGAAGCGUGCAGGGAUGUCUUGAGCUGCACAACUCUUCAUCUCUUUAUCUCUUUUUUUUCUGCUUCUUUUUUUUUUCUGCUUCUUUUUUUCCUUCUCGUGUUUCUUUAUUUGCAUUCCUUCGUGUUUUACUUUAAUAUCUUCCUCGCUAUCAGAUUUUCCUUCUCCCACACAAUCUUGUUAGCCUGGUCACUAAAAGCCGUCCCUCGUCCUGCACUCCACCCUCACUCCACUCGCUCCUACUCCAUCCUAGUCCUUUCAUCUCACUCGGCUAAAGCUUCCUAUUUCUCCUCCUCUUCCUCCAACUCAUCCUCCAUUUCCCAUCCCUGCCCCCGACCCUCACAAUCCUUCCUUUUCAUCGCGUAUCCCUCGGCGGCGCCCUCUGACUCCUCCCUCUAUUGGAAGUGAAAUGUCUUGCUUAACCCGGGAGCCACACUGAAGGACUCAAGAGGACUUGCCCGGAGCGUCAUGGGGCCUUCCUCCCUCCUGACGGCGACGUGGUGGUGGUGGUGGUGGUGGUUGGGGUGUCUCGUCCUGGCUUCCAUCGUCGACGCCCUCAACCUUGGUCUCUGCGAGGCGGCGCUGGGCAUGGAGUCUGGCGUUAUCCCUGACGAGCACAUCACUGCCUCCUCCUUUUUCGACCCUGCUGUGAAUGCCAUCUACGGGAGGGCGCGCGUAGAGAUCCAGGGCGGCGCGUGGUGUCCCCGGAAGGUGAUUCACAGGGCGGAGGAGGAGUACCUGGAGGUGUACCUGGGGGACGUGCACCUGGUGACUAAGGUGGAGGUGCAGGGCAGGUUCGGAAACGGCCAGGGGAAAGAGUACGCGGAAAAGUACAAGUUGCAGUACUGGCGGCCCGGACUGGAAGAUUGGAACACACACAGAGAUGGGAAUGGGAAUGAGCUGCUGGAGGGCAACAGCAACACCUACCUGGCGCAGACGUCGCAGCUCAGCCCGCCCGUGGUGGCCGCCAGGGUGAGGUUCGUGCCCUACAGCGACCACCCAAGGACCGUGUGCAUGAGAGUGGAGCUGUACGGCUGUCGCUAUACAGACGGAAUGGUGUCCUACUCGAUGCCUGACGGCGACGCACGAGGCGGGGACUACAACCUGCGGGACCUGACCUACGACGGCACGCGGCGCGGCGGCUGGCUGUCCGGCGGCCUGGGCCAGCUCACCGACGGCGAGACCGGCCACACCAACUUCCGCGUGGACGCCCUGGGCCGCGGCAGGGGCUACGAGUGGGUCGGCUGGAAGAACGACAGCCGCCAGCAGCAGCCCGUGGAGAUGACCUUUGAGUUCGAGACUGUGAGGAACUUCUCCGCCGUGCACAUCUACACCAACAACUUCUUCACCAAGGACAUGCAGGUGUUCUCGCGGGCGCGGGUGCUGUUCAGCGUGGGCGGUGAGCACUACCACGUCCAACCAGCUGUUGAAUACGAGUACGCGGUGGACCGUAUCUUCGAGUACGCACGCAACGUCACCAUCCGCCUGCACGGCGCCACCGCGAAGUACGUGAAGCUGCAGCUGUUCUUCGCGCUGCGCUGGAUACUCAUCUCAGAGGUCGCCUUUGACUCAGUGCCCUGCCGCUGCAACGCCACAGAGGAGGAGGCGCCCACCGUCACCAACCCGCUGGUGGAGGGCCAGGUGUUUGAGUCUCGAUCACCGCCCGCGCCCCCCGAACCCCAACCCCCGCCGGCUGCCCCCUCGGGCCUGCUGGUGGGCGGGCUGGUCACGCUGGGAGUGGUGUUCGCCGUGAUCCCAGUCGUGCUGUUCGUGCUUUACCGCCGCUCCAGGGGCACUCAGGCCACCGAGAAGCCGCAGCCGCAGACUCCUCCCCCUGAGAACCGCAAGGUGUCCAUGAAGAUGAAAGACUUGCACAUCAACCUGAGCCUGGCCUCCGUCACCACUGGCUACUCGCGCGCCAAUGGCAAACUCUACGGCCACGUGGCGGUGGACGACGAGGCGAGCUCCUCCCUGUACCAGGAGCCGUACAAGACCGCGCUCACCACCUCCAGUGACCAGAGUGUCGGCAAGUCCACGGACUGCACUGACACGCUCCUCAAGACGCCCUUCCCGCUCGACGCCGAGGACUCCGUGGACUACGCCGUGCCUGACCUCAACAUGACCCCGCCGCCGCCAUUCUCUGAUGUGUACAAGCCACCCUUCCCGGACGUUUCCAAGCACCCCGCCACCGCGCUGUCCCAGGCCCCACCAGUGCCACCCAUCCCGCCUCCGCCCCAAGAGAUAUACCUGAGUGCCGCUGAGUACUGCCAGGCGCCCAGCAUCCAGGGCGUCACGGGCACCGUGGCCUACAGUGAAGAUGAGGUCACCGACGCCAACUACGAGCGCCCCGCGCCCGAGCUGGCGCGGCACCGCCUGCACCCCAUGGAGACGCUGGGCGGCGGCCCGUGCGGAGUGGUGCGCCUGUGCCGCGUGGAUGACGUGGGGCGCAGCGGCUCGCGGCUGGUGGUGAUGAAGCAGCUGCACCCCGGGGCCAAGGAGAUCACCAAGAAGGAGUUCCACCAGGAGGCGAGGACAUUGAGCCGCCUCACGGAGCCCUGCGUGGCGCGCCUGGUGGGCAUGGUGACGCGCUCAGACCCGCUGUGCCUCAUCGCGGAGUACCUCAGCUGCGGCGACCUGCACCAGUUCCUCAGGAAACACACUCACCAGGAGACUGUGCCGGCGUGCGGUGCCGCCGAGCAGCCCGUCAUCAGCUACGGGAGCCUUGUGCACCUAGCGGUGCAGGCGGCGGCGGGCAUGCGGCACCUGGAGGCUCUGGGCGUGGUGCACCGCGACCUAGCGGCGCGGAACUGCCUGGUCGGGCCUGGCCUGACCCUCAAAGUCUCAGAUUUGGCGAUGAGUCGGCCGCUGUACGCUAGCCACUACUACCGCGCCGGCGAGGGUCUGCCGUUGCUGCCGGUGCGGUGGAUGGCGUGGGAGUCUGUGCUGCAGGGCAGGUUCUCCAGCAAGAGUGACGUGUGGGCUUUUGGCGUCACGCUGUGGGAGAUCCUGACGCUGGCCCGCCAGCAGCCCUACGCCGAGCUGAGCGACGACGGCGUGCUGGAGAACGUGUCCCACUGCUGCCACGGCGACGGCGCCGCCAUGAUGGUACUGCAACAGCCGCCGCUCUGCCCGCGCGAGAUGUACGACAUGAUGACCGCCUGCUGGAGGCCCGGCGACCGCCAGCGGCCGCCCUUCUGGGAGGUGCUCAUGUUCCUGCAGCGCAAGAACCUCGGCUAUUGCCUCGACUACCAGGACUGAGGAGGAACAGUCCCCGCCCGCCGCGCCACCUGCUGCACUGAUGGCAGUGUCCAGUGUGACGUAACGAACACUUUGAUUAACGACGCUCGCUUGAUCUCUCCGCCGCUAAAAAGCUGCGCAACACCGAGAAGUGACGGAUGCGUCGUGAAGCGCACCGUGUCUGUUUCAAGAGAGUUGAUCCGACGUAUUGGCGUCCGUGUCGAUAUUUUCAAUGAGACAAGACUCUUGGUGUGUGUGUGUGUGUGUGUGUGUGUGUGUGUGUGUGUGUGUGGCGGAGGCAGCGGCGGCACACUGAUGUAAGGAAGCCGUCCCAGGAUGUGACUACUUGUCUUUGGAAUUUAUGAACAAACCAAAAAGAGAGAUAAAAAGAACCAGUAAAGAAUGAAGGAAAUAUAGUGAAAAGCGUGCAGAAACACACCAUGAAUGCUUAGUCGAAAAACAAAGAAUCUGCUUCCCAUGAAAGUCUUGCAUCAACUGACGCUAGAAUAUUUUCGUGGAAAUAGGAAAACGAAUGAGAAGUACUGAAAGCCAAACGAACGAGAGUGAGGCCGGUGCAGAGAAAAUAAAUACCAAAACGUGUAAGAAAAAAAAAGAUGAAGCUGCGGGGGAGGGAAGAACCAACACAGUGACUGAAACAAGGAGCAGGAAAUGAAGCCAGGAGGGAUAACACUAUAACACUGUUUCCUUCCUCUCCCUCCCUCCCUCCCUCCUUCCCUCCCUUAGCCUCCCUCGUAUCUCUCCGUCCUUCCCUGCCUCCCUCCUGUUCCUGGCACCUUGGGGGACGCGGCCGUGCCAGGAGGCGUGAAAUCACCCUAUCCGUGCUGGAACACGUGGGAACUGGGAACUGGCGAGGGGCGGGACUCGCGUGGUUACAAAGCUUGAGAGUGAAGGAAACGCAUGACGGACGCCAACCGGGGAAUUUUGUGAUAUGUGGUGAAGGAAGGAGGAAGGACAAGGAGAAGGAGGAGGAAGAGGAAUGUGCUGAGUCGGUGAGGUGUUGCUUACUUGCUUUGCCUUGUUUAUCCCGCGGCAAGGUUAUAUACGAGCUCCAUCCUGACUCAGUUUACUUCCACAGGAGGCAGCGCACUCAUAACCUUCACUGUAGCACGUGACUUAACUCCUGCGGCGCCGUAACUCAUUCGUGGGCUUGCUGCCAGUUCGUCUACCUACUCUAUCUACCGCUCUCUGGUUCCUACGUCUCCAGAGGGACAUACACACAGACGGGGCACUGAAGCCGCGUCACCCCGACACAACCUCAGCCACAAGCCUUCACGAAACGCACAAAUCACUCGCAAAACACCCGAGGAACAACUGGACGUGGACUCUGUGUAAUACUGCCGACAAUGGAAGCCUAAAAAAAUCUACUCAAUGUGAAAUAAAAUCGGUUCACUGGAGUUCAAAUUAGGCGAUUUAUGUCAUCUUUCAAGUCAACUGGUGGUAUCUGGCAUCCCCCUUCCUUGUUCCUACCUGUCAGUUAGAGUCAGGUGAGUGGCGAUGAUAGAGAUAAGAUGCACGUAACGCCUUGUGCAUCUUAACGUUACAGUUCAUGUGAUGCAAAGUGUUAACGACUCUGCCGCCCAGUGAGGUGAUGAUGUGCGCAGAAUUAAGGAGAUGCCACGAGUCACCAGCUGUCUUGGGAAUUUGAUAAUCCAUACUUACAUGAACAUUUACAAGAGUUUCAGAUAUUUUGAUGUGUUUUUGAUUACUGAUACAUCGAAAUAUAUCGACUGUGUAUAUUCAUAAAUUAUACACUUUUUUUUCUGGCUGAAGUUAAUAAGCUUUAGUUAAAAUACCUAUAACAGGUUUUAGAUCAUUAAAAAAUAAAUUGUAUUUCGAUUACUGAUGCAUUGAAAUAAGAAGGCAGUCAGUGAAUAGGCAUGAAAUUGUAUUCUUUUAUUCUUUAUGCAUACAAGAGACCCCGAGUUUCCAGUGUCGUCAGCAACACGCAGGAGUCGACGAGCAGCUGUUACCUGUAUAUUUUUUCUAUACCUCACCCGUUUUCUAUGAGAGUGUCAAAGAAAAGGCAUACUUAUCUAGGCUUUACCUGUCCAUAGAGAGGUUUUGUAUACACGCAGGUAACGGAACCUCUGCUCGUUACCUGCCCUCCCUCCUUACCUGCCCUAGUCAAAUAGAUCUUUCUGUAAUUGUUAAGGUUAUAUAUUUUUGGAGUCUUAAGAGAGGCAAUAGAAAAAAAGAAGUAAUUAUUUAUCUCAUUACGCUGCCAGUUAGCGAGGCAUUCUGACGUACUGUACAGGUAGCAAAUGUUUGUGGUACUGUUUUGAAAGGCAUUUUUUUUGCUUCUUUAUUCAUUUAUGCUUGUUGAAGAAUUUUUUUUGUGCUAUAUUUAUUACUUAAGUAAAAAAAAAUAAUAAAAAAAGUCGGGUGGUGUGUGAUACAAUAAAAAAGUUAAGUUUUUGUUAUGAUUCUCGUUUACUCUCUCUCUCUCUCUCUCUCUCUCUCUCUCUCUCUCUCUCUCUCUCUCUCUCUCUCUCUCUCUCUCUCUCUCUCUCUCUCUCUCUCCGGAUCAACAGGGCGCCCAUCACCCAACACAUCCCCCUCAGAUCUCUCACCCUCACCCUGCCGCCUUCUGGAGUCCCUCGGAGGCUCCUUUCCGCCCCAUAGCCUUUGAGAUACACAGUGUGCACAAUAAAAGGCUGAACGU